AAACAAUAUGGCCAUGGCAGUUUCUGCAAUUGGUUUUGAAGGUUUUGAAAAGAGGCUAGAGAUAUCCUUUUUGGAACCGGGAGUCUUUGUUGAUCCUGAAGGAAGGGGUCUUAGGUCUCUAACAAAAUCCCAGUUAGAUGAGAUUAUAGCACCUGCAGAAUGCAUCAUUGUUUCUUCACUAUCAAAUGAAAAAGUCGACUCUUAUGUGCUCUCCGAGUCCAGCCUUUUUGUUUAUCCAUACAAGAUCAUAAUCAAAACCUGUGGUACUACCAAAUUGCUUCUUUCAAUCCCACCCAUAUUGAAGUUAUCCAAGACGCUUUCCCUUGCUGUAAGAUCUGUAAGAUACACCCGUGGAAGUUUCACUUUCCCGGAUGCUCAGUCCUUUCCUCAUCGUAACUUCUCCGAGGAAGUACAAGUCCUUGAUAGCUACUUUGGGAAGCUUGGAUCGGAACACACGGUUAUGGGCAGUUCAGCCAGCACACAGAACUGGCAUGUUUAUUCUGCUGCUGUAGAGUCUGUGAGCUCAUUUGACUCUGUUUACACUCUGGAAAUGUGCAUGACCGGUUUAGACAGUGAGAAAGCUUCGGUUUUCUACAAAGAACAAUCUAGUUCAGCAACCCUGAUGACUGCAAAUUCCGGUAUUAGAAAUAUUCUUCCAGACUCUCAAAUAUGUGAUUUUGAUUUUGAACCAUGUGGAUACUCAAUGAAUUCUGUAGAAGGAGCUGCUGUUUCUACAAUACAUAUUACUCCAGAAGAUGGUUUCAGUUACGCCAGCUUCGAAACAUGUGGAUACAAUUUGGAGCGAAUGAAUCAAAAACAACUGGUUGAGAGAGUGUUGACAUGCUUCCAACCUAAUGAGUUUCUGAUAGCUGUUCAUGUGGAUGUUCCAACCAAUUCAUUUCAGCAGAACUGUUUGCUGAAUGUUAAGGGAUACUGUCGCAAAGACAGGUGUUACCAGGAACUUGGAAGAGGUGGUUGUGUCGUCUUACAGAAGUUCAUCAAGACUUCUUCUUGUGGUUCACCUGUUUUAACUCUGGAAUGCUGGAAAGAAGAAGAGGAAGAGUAG